AUGGGCGAGGUGGAAGCAUACCUGACGGCACUGCCCCAGGCGGCUCUCGACAACCUCUAUGCCGACCCCUGGACUUGCCAGGCCGUUUUUCGGUCGUUGCCGGCCCUGGCCAAGCAGUGGGUGCUACGUUUGGCGUUCGCCUCGCCGAGCAUCACGCGCUCGCGCCUCCUCCAACACUGGACCUCUCCGCGCUUUCAGUCGCAGGGCGAAGCUGCCCUGCGGCGACUACUCGCCCUCCGCAUCCUCCGCGAGCGGCUGCCGGCCGACCGGCGGGACCACGGCGGCGGUGAUGAAGCAGACGUGAUGGAGGUGAUGGAGCCGCUCGGUGGCGGCGUCGCGUACGAGUUCAACAAGCACUUCGGCAGCAACUUCCAGAAGAUGGACGGCGAAGGUGAAGAGGAAGAAGAGGCGAUGCCGACGAGGGAGGAGCUGGCCGCGUUCACCACGUCGUGCUGGGACACCAUCUUCCUGUUCAUCAUGGGCUCCACCGUCAUCCAACCGCCGUCCGACCGAGUCGUGUCUCUCCUUACCCGCGGGGAGUUCAUGGUGGUACACGAGGAAGACCAGUCGAUUCGCAUCGCAGACAAGGGCUUCCCGUUCUUGCUGAAGGACCUGCGCACGCAGGUCUGGACCCUGCUGCUCCUCUACCUGCGGUCCCUGCAGGAGGAGAAGGCCAACGUCCACGACGUUCUCUCCUUCCUCUUCCGCCUCAGCUUUCUCACCGUCGGCGAGGGCUACCAAAUGGACGACCUUGCGUUCUCCGAGUCCGGGCUGCUGCAGGACCUGCAGGAUCUGGGCAUCAUCUAUCGCAAGCACAAGGACUCGAAAUGGCUCUACCCGACGCAACUGGCCAUCGGCCUCUCGUCAACCGAAGCGGCGAAGCGGGACCAAGAGGGUUGGAUCAUCGUCGGCACCGACUACCGCAUCUACGCCUACACCUCCAGCCCCGUGAAGCUGCUCCUGCUGAGCCUGUUCACCCAGAUCGAGUACCAGCUGCCCAACAUGGUCAUGGGCAUCCUGCUUCGCGAAAACAUCCGACAGGCCGUGCAGGUCGGCAUCUCCGCCAAUCAGAUCCUGCAGUUUCUCGAGACGAACGCGCAUCCACAGAUGAAGCAGAACACGCCCAUCAUUCCAGAGUCGAUAGCCGACCAGCUGCGAUUAUGGGAAGCCGAGGACCGACGCCUGUCCCUCAGCUCGGGCUACUUCUACGACGAUUUCGCUUCGCUGGCGGCGUUCAAGAAGGCGGAAAAGUACGCCCGGGACGUGGGCGCUCUCAUCUACUCGGACGCCACCAAGCGAUUCCUGUUCGUGAGCGAGCCGGGACACCAACUGCUGCGACGGUACGUCAAGCAGCACCUCUCCUCUUCCUCUUCCUCAUCGACAUUGACAUCCAAAUGA